UGAAAUCACAUCUAAGCAUGAUCAAACUCCUCCAGCACUUCAGUUCAAUCCGGAAGAGUCUUUCGCAAACAGCGCUUUCAGCAAUAUUCCACGCAACUUUUGUCAGUUGCAUUUUGAAACUUAGGAGCGAACUCUCGCCGAGCAUUCGAUAUUUACUCGAUAGUUGUAUAGAUUAUUUAUUUAUUCAAUUUUUCGUAUUGUGCGUAGUUCGUGGUUUGGAUCAUAAAUUUUGGAUUUGUUUGAAAUCUGGAUUAGACAAUUGAAGGGUUCAUUAUCAAUAAACUUUCUCAGGGGAUGUAGAUAAUAUACUCGAAUAUAGGAAAGAACUUAAUUGGCUGAUGUGCGAUUGGGUAUUUCAGGAAUAAGGGUUAGAAUUUCGUUACACACAUAAACUUGAUGAGAAAUGCUCAAAGGCCCGGCCUUCAAGGCCUCAAUUCUUGAGAACUUUCUUUUCCUUCUCGUUACUGCAAUACCUGAUAUUUGUUCACGAUCCCACGUCACACUUAGGAUAAGUAUGCUUCACAUACCCACACCUGUUGUUACUGGAGACAGUGUUCGUCUUCGAUGUAGAUACGAACUUGGUAACGAGACACUGUAUGCCGUUAAGUGGUAUAAAAAUAUGGGGGAAUUCUAUAGAUAUGUUCCAGCAUCAGAUCCUCCUCUGAAAACUUUCAAUCAGACAGGCAUAGAUGUAGAUAUGUCUAAAUCAGAUAAUAGUACAGUGUAUUUAAGAAAUCUAAGUAUGGAUAGUUAUGGAGAUUAUACUUGCCAAGUAUCUACAGAUAAACCUUAUUUUAGAUGUGUGCAAGCUACGAAAACUCUGCAAGUUGUUGUGCCUCCAUCAGAUGGGCCUAUAUUAAUGACAGAAAAAGCAGAGUAUGAAUUGGGUGAUAAUGUUUCUAUAUUGUGCAAUUCUGGUAAGUCCAAACCAGCCCCAGAGCUCAAAUGGUACAUCAACGAUCAGCUAGUUCAGUCUGAGCAGUCCGAUCCAGAAACCGUUGUGUAUCCCGAUCAACUGGAAAGCACAAGUAUAGCCCUAAGGUUUCGUCUAAAACCAGAUGUUUUGCAUAACGGUAAAGUGAUACUUAAGUGUGUCGCUACUGUAAACCAUAUUCACGCUGUCUCAAUAAAAGAGAUUAGAGCCAUAGGUUCAAAACAACUUGAACUUCAUAAAUGUUUGUUUUAUUUAACCAUUGUUAUAACUUUAAUAUUAUGUGCAACAUAAACAAACAUUGUUGGGUGAUUUUAGACUCUUCCAGCAAAACAUAAAAUGGAUUUCCAAUACCCGCCAACAUUUAAAUAAUACUGGAGAAAUAUUAAAGAUGUAUAUUUAAAUUCACUGUAAAUACUUGUACAUUUAAAUAAUAAAAGUGAAGUUU